GAAAAUCUCCCGAUCUCGCAGCACGGCGAGGAGGCGGCAGGUCCCUCAAUCUGGUGGCAUCGCGCCUCGUCAGGUCAGGUAUUUUGGUAGGUACGAGCUGGUGCGGGUGUACUCGGCAGUGCAGUGGGAACUGGUGGAGCGUCGUGACGUGCCUUCUCGUUAUUGCGUAAUCGUCGAGGCCCGCCGAGCGGCACGAGAGCUGGCAGGAACGACCACGGCGAGCUGCGUCGAGAAGUGUCGCUUCGUCAACGAGCUGUUGUGCUGACAAGCGCGACGACAACGACGACAACGACGACGACGACGACGACGACGACGACAGGGAACAGCGAGGAUUUCAACUGCGAGUGACGCUGCGGCAGCUCGACGACAGUGCCUCCCGCGGACCAAGAGAUAUGCCGCAGAGUGGAGGCGAGCGUUGCUAGCGCUAAGAAGGAUGCGGUCGCGGUGUCCGCCGACGGAUCGGUAACGAACGGUGAGGAACGGCUCAACAUCCCCAGGAACAUGUCGGCGAUCAAGGAUAGCAGCACGCCGCCGGGCGCGCCGCGCCAGCUGCCUGUGUUGAGCAACUUCAAGUAUGAGUACUUCGUCGCGGGCAUCUCCGGCGGCGUCGUUUCGACCCUGAUGCUGCAUCCGUUGGACCUCAUCAAGAUCCGAUUCGCGGUGAGCGAUGGCCAAACGAAUGCACCGCGGUACAACGGUCUCAGGAGUGCUAUCAGCCAGAUUGUCAAAACCGAGGGGGUGCGUGGACUUUAUAGGGGUGUAACGCCGAACGUUCUAGGCUCAGGCAGUUCGUGGGGUUUCUACUUUUUCUUCUACAAUACGAUAAAGACCUCGAUUCAAGGUGGGAAUUCGAAGAAACCGCUCGGACCGUCCAUGCAUAUGUUCGCUGCCGCUGAUGCCGGUGUGCUCACGUUGCUCAUGACUAACCCGAUAUGGGUGGUGAAGACGCGAUUGUGCUUGCAGUAUGCCGAAGACGUCAAGCUGGCAGAAUCCAAGAGGUAUCGCGGAAUGAUGGACGCUUUAAAGAAGAUUUACAAGACGGAGGGCAUUAGAGGCUUGUAUAAGGGUUUAGUUCCUGGAUUGUUUGGUGUCUCGCACGGUGCGAUUCAAUUCAUGGCGUACGAAGAGAUGAAGAAUAAAUACUAUAAUUAUUUGAACGUAGCCAUUGAUACGAAGCUGAGCACAACGGAAUACAUCGUCUUUGCUGCGUUAUCGAAACUUAUCGCCGCGGCGUCGACGUAUCCUUAUCAAGUAGUGAGGGCUCGGCUUCAGGAUCAUCACCACGACUACCGAGGCACCUGGCACUGCAUUCAAAUGACAUGGAGGUAUGAGAGUUGGCGCGGCUUUUACAAGGGAUUAAGCGCAAACCUCAUCAGGGUGACCCCGGCGACGGUUAUUACAUUCGUGGUCUACGAAAACUUUUUGCAUUAUCUGCGAUCCAGCCGCAUGGCGGAAGAAGUGCCGCUCGCCGUGUCUGCGCCUGCGGCCAGUCAGCUGAAGGAGUAAGGUGGACUCCUCCAUGACGCGGUCGUCUGUUCCCACCGGCAUGUUCGCUGAAACUCUCUCGAUCGAACUUCACUGCUUCGGCAUAAGAAGGAAAUGUAUUCCAGACAUGAACUUCGGGAGACUCGAGUUCAUUCUAUUCCACUUUCCGGUGCUUAAUUUGGCUCUAGCCGACACGCGUACACUUUGAGUUACUUUCUCAAUAUCUUGGAGCGAAAUUCGAUGGAGAUUCGAUACUGGAAUUGACAGUAUAAAUAUUGCUGUUCGCGAGAGUAAAUGUUUGAAAAGUCCGUCGACAUGAGAACAUCUGGGAACAUUUGGUCCAGUUUUGAACAGGAAGGUUGUCCGUGACUUUUCGUGCGAGUCUCGGAGUGUAUCUAUCUAGUUCAAUGGAAUAAUUCAUUUUUUAAUGAGAAAAUUCUUUCAUCGGGCGAAACAAGCACGUUUGAAACUCAAAAAAUUACGGACAGCCUUUGCGUUCACGAC